AUGUCACCUGCAGGUAAUACACCUACAGAAGGUAACCCAUCAACUGGUAACACCAUAACUCCAACCCCAAGCAACCAACCGACCAAUACCAAAUCGUUUAACGUGAUGAUGAGACGUACGAGCAAUAGGUUGCGCGGAGGCUCAGUUCCUCCUCCGGAUUCGGAGGUGAUAGUUCCUAUCCCUAACGCUGUGAUCCAGCGCGGUAGAGGACGAGGACGUGGACGCCGCAACGUCGCUGACUCAACGAGGAAAGACGGCAAUACGGCGACUCAACCAGUGGUUACCUUAACGGUCCCUGGCCAAACAUCCUCCGGUUCAACGGAUACAUCAGCCGCAAGUGCAGCACCAACUAAUUCAGGGAACUUACCUCCAGCAAAUGCGAAUACAACACAAAACGCUGUCGAGCAGGGAGGAACUGGAACGACCAUCAUUCACUCCCCAAAUAGAACGCCGGUCCCGAAUGGACUCGUCUCCCGUGACGCCAUGAUUACCGAACCUUUGUCACGCUCACCUACGCAACGAGCUACGGCGACCGCCGUCGGUGACAGCCCGCCGAGUGGCUUUCACUCCUGGUUAGUGGCGAGAGGUUUAACGGUGGUCAACAACCCAAACGCCGAGAUCCCUGCCUUACAAGGACUCACUUCCGCGAUUAACGCUCAAAACGCGAGGAACCCUACCACUCCUAUCGGGACUGUCCCAGCAGUACAACCGGCAGCCCCGGCGACGCGGACCAAUGCCGGUCCUAGACCCAAGCCACCUAAGCAAUUUGACCUUACUAAGGACUCAGACGACGAACUUGACAAAGCAGCUACCUCUAAGGAGAAGAAGAAACCCGUCGUUGGGGAGAAAGGGAUCGAGACAGUUGGCCUAACUAAGCUCUCAAAGUACUUUGACGAUAAAAUGAAAUCCCUUGAAGGAUACGUACCCUUAUCGAUCUUUAACCCUCUAUGGCUCCAACAAGACCUCUUGAAGCAAUCCGCCGCCCGCUCUAAAACUGUGAAAGAAAAGCUUGAAGAUAAUUAUAAUGGUCUAACUGUCCCGGAUGAAUGGAGGAUGAGCUUUGGCGAAUGGGUCAUGUCAUUCGACCUAUAUGUGGCUUACUUACGCCACUACAAUCAUGGCGACCUCGCCAAUAAGUUUAUGAUUCACAAGGAGAACGUCUUCGCUAUUCAACAACAACGUCUAUCCUGGCCUAUGGCUUUCCAAUACGACCUAGCGAUCCGUGUAUCUGUCUUAACCUUCAGGAAUGCAGACGGGACUCUCGCCAACCCUGUGAUACGAGAUGAGACCAAGGAGCGAGAUGCGCUCCUGGACACUGAGAGAUUACAAGACUUUCGACGAGAGUUCUCCGACGUAAACCCCUACGCCAACGGACAAUGUAAACAACACGUCAACCCCAUUUCCGGAGAGAGUUACAAGAAUCACUCGUCUACUUAUACCUAUAACACCAACAGCCUCGUCAACCAUUCUAGAAAUGAGAAUACCGGCAGUAAACCCAACGCACAAUCUUGGGCCUAUGCUAACGGCCAACCUGCCUACGAUGGACCAGGUAGUAAUGGCUACAAUACCUGGGAGGACCGUGGUGGAAGCGGACACAACCGUAAUGGUCGAGGCCGAGGUCGUAGCGGCCACUGCCGCUGUAACGCGGAUAGACUCGAUUCUCGCCGAGGUGAAGGUAGUGGCGCGUGGCGCAAAAACGACAGGCGUGAUGACCGCAGAGGCGAUGAACGCAAAUUUAAUAAUCCUAGAAAUGGAGGAAAUGGAAAGGCAAACUGGAUAGCACGAAAAGACGUACCCGUGUAUUUGCGACGCUUUCCUCUUCGUGUAUUUACCCUCAGUCGUACCUUCUUGAUUUGUACCUUCGGUGUUGAACCCAACGUCCUGGCGCCUUGA